AGCCGUUUUGGCUCGAGAAGAUAUUUUGUUCGAGGUGCCGCUUCAACCAAUGUCUUGAUUGCCAGUCGCAUAGCUUAUACAUCAUGGCAACACUCAGUGCGACCCAGAGGGUUGUGGAGGCAUAUCUCAUCAGUGUCGCACCAAGCACGCCGGCAUUUGGCUUCUGGACCCUGGUGCCGUGGAGCUCGCAGGAGAAGCCAGUCAACGUGUUCGCAUCUCCCAUCGCAAGAUGGAGAGUCGGAGUUGGAGAGUCGGAGUUGGAACGCAUCGCCCAGAUAGUGGAGCAGCACGAGGUCAUGUUGAUCGUAUCCGUAUACAGGACGAGGAAAGAGAAGAGGAACGUGACAGGCCUUCUGAACUAUCUCAGGGCGGCGCAUCCCGACGCGGUCGUCUUCCUGGUGCAGCUUCCAGAUCGGUUGGAUCCCGAGCUGACCAAGGCCGACCUUAGUAACUUGAUGAUGCGGCAUGACAGGCUCUACAGCUUUGGGGCGGAUGGCGUGCUGAUGGAGCUGGCAGGUGACCCGGGGGGGCUGCAACAUAGGAUAAGUUUGGAGCUCCAAGAGAACGCCGUUAUCCAGCUGCGCGUGCGGGAACAUAUCAGCACUUUGACCCAGGGAGUGCCCUCUGCCAUGCAGCUCAACGACAUGGAGGACGAGUUCUGUAAUUUGCUUUGGAAUGACAUCCCAGAUCUGCUGAUUCCCGAUUUCGCGCCUCUGGACGAGCGUCUUCUGGAAUGUGGGAGUCGGGUUGGGGAUUUCCAGCUCGUCCGCCCGUAUUCGGAUCACCAGCACGUGUGGUUGGCAGUGACCGGGCAGCAUGAAAACGUAGUGAUCAAAGUGUACGACAAGCGCAGCGUCACCGAUGCCAAGCAGGUGGAGAGCAUAUACCAGGAAUUCUGUUUAUUGAUGCACACGCUCGACCACCCACACGUCAUCCGUUGCGUAGGCAUGUUGCACAGCCAGCGUCGUGUGCAUUUGGUUCUCCAGUAUGGUGGAGACGUGUGCAUGGAGCAGUUGUUGUCGACCCAACCUGGGUACCGUUUGUCCAGGGACGACGCCUUGGAUUGCAGUACCCAGAUCGCCAGUGCUCUGUCCUACUGCCACGCCCAGGACGUCGUCCAUGGGCAAGUGUCUUUGAGCCACGUGGCUGUAGAGACAGCAUGGAAUGGGCACAUCUGCCGCCUUGUUGAUUUCAGCAUGGCAGCCCACGUUCCAAACUCCAGCGCAAGGGAGACCCUGUGCGGAUCUCUGCCGUGCGUGGCUCCAGAGGUGGCGCUGAACGAGCCGUACUUGCCUAAGCCAGCUGAUUGUUGGAGUCUUGGAGUGCUUCUCCUGGAGACCGCUUGCGGGCAGGGUUCCCUCAAGUUGUCAGUCCAGUGGCGCAGUGGCGAGUCCCUCGCAUACUCCGCGCGGCAAGUACUCCAGUUUUUCUCCCAUGCUGGUUGCCACACCGAGGCGAUGACGAAGAUGGGUAAUAACUCACUCGACGGCAUAACACUGGCGUGCUUGGAGGCGUUGUUGAAGCCCGAGCCGGCCCGCAGAGCAAGUGCCUCCGACAUGAUGGGGAUGCUAUCAACUGGGCGCACCGAGCAGACCGGUUUUGAUUAAUUCGUUGUUGUUUACCUUUGCACUUUGGGCGCGCGUGCAGGAGUGCAUGUAGCUCACAGUUUGUGCGCAGGCUUCCUGCGUCAAGCUUCUACCUCAGACGCCGCUGUCGGUCCAUCGGCGCCGUGGCGAGUCCUUCGCAUACGCCGCGCGGCAAGUACUCCAGCUUUUCUUCCGUACUGGUUGCCACAUCGAGUCAAUGACGAAGAUGGGUAAUAUCUCACUCGUCGGCGUAACACUGGCGUGCUUAUAGUGUUGAUUGAUUCGUUGUUGUUUACCUUUGCACUUUGGGCGCGCGUGCAGGAGUGCAUGUAGCUCACUUUAUGUGCGCAGGCUUCCUACGUCAAGUUUUCAACCUCAGACGCCGCUGUCGGUCCAGCGGCUCAGUGGCGAGUCCCUCGCAUACUCCGCGCGGCGAUGAUGAUCACGCGCAAUAACUCUCUCGACGGCGUAACACUGGCGUGCUUGGAGGCGUUGUUGAAGCCCGAGCCGGCCCGCAGAGCAAUUGCCUCCGACAUGAUAGGGAUGUGAUCUUCUGGGCGCAGCGAGCAGGCCAGUGUUGAUUGAUUCGUUGUUGUUUACCUUUGCAUUUUGGGCGCGCGUGCAGGAGUGCAUGUAGCUCACAGUUUGUGCGCAGGCUUCCUGCGUCAAGCUUCAACCUCAGACGCCGCUGUCGGUCCAGCGGCUCAGUGGCGAGUCCCUCGCAUACUCCGCGCGGCGAUGAUGAUCACGCGCAAUAACUCUCUCGACGGCAUAGCACUGGCGUGCUUGGAGGCGUUGUUGAAGUCCGAGCCGGCCCGCAGAGCAAUUGCCUCCGACAAGUAAGGGAUGUUACUUGCCAGGCGCAGCGAGCAGGCCAGUGUUGAUUGAUUCCAUGUUGGUUACCUUCGCACUUUGAGCGCGCGCGCGGCUCACAUUUUGUUCGCAGGUUUCCUGCGUCAAGCUUCUGCGCCGAUUACUUUCCAAAGUGGCAGGCUGUUUGCGAUUUGUUCAGCAAGUUUCAAUUUCCAAGCGGGGUCAGUACUCACGAGGCCUGAUACUAACAGCUAAAUUCUAGAUGCUUCGCGUAACCCCACCAGCUAACCCGUCGAUGGCGCUCCUGGCCUUAUCCUGUUAUCGCUCCCGCGCCAUUUUGACUGCGCCCCAACAUCGGUUGUAUGAACGUGAGUAUGAGUACGAGUACGAGUUUGAGUAUGAGUGAAGGGGGCCGUGAUGCUAAAUAGCGGUUGCGGGCGGCUGUGGGUGUUUUUGCCCUCUCCUCUUGUAGACCCUCUUAUGACGCUGCUCAGAUGUGUUUGCGUUUUCCCGAUGAAGGCCAGGAGGCCGACGGACAGUUGUAGAACCACCUUCCCAGCAGUUGGAUGCAGCUGGCAAGUUGGGGAGCUUGCCCCAGGGAUUGGGCAGUCAUUCGCUGACGCAAUCUCGUCUAGUGAGUCAGAUAUCCGAGUGUUGGUAAUUUUGAUUGUUGAACCGCCGGGAGAAAAAACUCUAUGCCGGCAUUGUUGCCGCUGUCUUUGUGCAUGGGCUGGGCGCCCCAAAAUCUUGAUGUUCGUGCAUGUUUAUACACACGUACAUGUAUGCAUAUGCACAGGUAUGCAAAGGUACACUUACAAAUGUCUACAUGUUCCAAAUGAUCGCUACGCAGCAUUGCUCUCCGCUCUUUCGUCCGCCGCCACAGCUUCCAUGCAGAAUUUGACGCGCAUCCGUGGAGCGGUGCCGUCUUCGAGAAGUUGCGGUUGGCAAACACUUGAGGCCGCUGGACAUCGUGUCGCGGGUCCACUUAUCGGCGCGCCUCCAGGACAGCAUCAUGUUGCUAACGGUUAGUUCAGCGUAAUACGCCUGGUGAGUAUCACCCGUCGCGCUACGGUCUUAAUAUACCGGAGGCAUUUUCGACAACCUGACGCGUUACAGCUUCAUGGCUCUGGCCAGGUCAUCGGGCGGCGGGUCGAGCAUAGUUGGCAACAUGUGUUAAUGUAUGUGUAUUUUGAGUAUGAGUGAGGGGGCCGUGAUGCUAAAUAGCGUUUGCGGGCGGCUGUGGGUGUUUUUGCCCUCUCCUCUUGUAGUUCCUCUUCUGACGCUGCUCAGUUGUGUUUGCGUUUUCCCGAUGAAGGCCAGGAGGCCGACGGACAGUUGUAGAGCCCCCUUCCCGGCAGUUGGAUGCAGCUUGGAAGCUGGGAAGCUGGGAAGCUUGCCCCAGGGAAUGGGCAGUCAUCGCUGACGCUAUCUCGCCUAGUGAGUCAGAUAUCCGAGUGUUGGUAUUUUUGUUAGUUGAGCCGUCGGGAGAAAAAACUCUAUGCCGGCAUUGUUGCCGCUGUCUUUGCACAUGGGCUGGGCGCCCCAAAAUCUUGAUGUUCGUGCAUGUU